UCGGAACGCCGCAUGGUCGACAAGAUUUCUUCUUCGACCGCCGCCCGCGAUGGUGGACGUGGCGGGGAACUGCACGUUUCCGCUCGAGAUGGGGCCGCUUCAGAUCAACUACAUGGAGUUUCACUACUGCGUCAUGGCAGGACACCCGUGGAUCUCAAUGGCUGUGCUCUCCAUGUGGCUCUUGCUGCUCUUUUACCUUGGUAGGUGUUUCAACCUCACCGACACGCGCCUUACUCGACUGACACAGUUGGACACACGGCGGACUCAUACUUUUCGCCGACGCUCUCCAUGAUCUGCACGCAGCUGGCCAUCCCGUUUGAUGUCGCUGGCGUCACCCUUCUUGCGUUUGGAAACGGGGCACCCGAUCUAUUCUCUUCCCUGGCGACGUCAACAUCGGGAAAGAUGGAGACUGGGCUGAAUGCCCUGCUCGGCGGGGUUAUGUUCGUCACGACAGUCGUCGUGGGCGCUUCGUUGCAUGCGUCGCCAACAUCCUGCGUCAAAAUCACUCCACGACCAUUCUGCCGCGACGUCCUUGCGUUGCUGUUGACGUUGGUGGUGCUCUUCAUCGACCUGCCAUCGUCCGCGACCACUCGCACGAGCGCCUACCUCCUUCUCGGGUGCUACAUUGUGUAUGUCGCGGUCGUGCUCGUGCCGUCGUGGUGUUCAAAGCACAAAAGCACCGCCGACACACCAUCGAGCCCUGUGGACACCCAAGGCGUGCUGUUUGCUUUUUGGCACGCGCCAGACCUUUUUCCGCCGCCGCAUUCGGCGCACGCGUACGGUUUUGUGACACUCCCCGACCAUCCUCCAGGCUUUCAUGGCGUCACCAAGGUGUCCCAGCAUCCGUCGUCAUUAUUUCACGUCGACGACACGUACUUUCCCGUCCCGACGUCGUCCGAGUUGUCGGAUCCAUUGCUGCAGACAUCGACAAGUCCGCUGUCCCCAGACACAUCCUCCACUGCUCCACUGGUGGCCCCCGUCGCUACGGUAGCACAGCCCUCGCGCAUGCUAGCCCACCAUCCCAGCGCAAGUUGCCGCUGGCGCCUCACCACCGUCCAAUACAUUCUCCUGGAACUCGUACGCGACGCCACGAUCCCCAUGGUGUUUGUGACCACGUGGUCUCGGCGAAGUGCAUUCCUGUCGCUGCUCGUGGCGCCGCUCUUUGUCGGGUGGAUCGUCGCCGGCGAUGCCUUCACCCCCGACCCCGCCUGCAUCACCCUCGCCAUCUCGUUCCCCCUUGCGUGCCUUGUGUUUGCUUCGUCCUACUCGACGUCGCCGCCGUCCAGUGUGUACGUCCGGGGACUCUUUUACCUCCUCGGGUUCACGUCGUGCGUGUGCUGGAUAUACGGCCUCGCGUCCGAAGUCGUCGCCGUCCUGGCCACAUUUGGCUCGAUCACAAAGCUGCCGCCUAGCGUCAUCGGGUUAACGGUAUGGCUUUUGCGCUGCAUUUCGUUCGACGCGUGUUCCUGGUAUGUGAUGGAUAGGUGCUGUCAUGGGGCAAUUCGCUCGGCGAUUUGAGCACGAACGUGGCGAUCGCACGCACGGGAUGUGCCGAGAUGGCUCUGGCGGGCUGCUUUGGCGGGCCCGUGUUCAACUUGCUCGUGGGUCUCGGCAUUCCGUUCUUGUGUGCCAAGGGUACGAACGGCGGCGCCGUGCCGAUCGACGUCCACGGGCUCGUGUCGCUCGCGUCGCUGGCGCUGAGCCUCGUCCUAACGCUGGCCGUCGCCCUCGUGUACCGAUUCCAGUGCCCCAAGUGGUACGCGUCCGUGCUGUAUGGGGUGUAUGCCGUGUAUACCAUGGCGCACGUUGCGAUUUUGAUGCGAUGGGUCGAUCUCGACACCGCGACGCUUUCCAUGGGCGGCCUUUGAAUACAUAUACGAUGCAGUUUGCCGUUGUGCAUCGCGAUACAACCGCUGCGCCAGUGUCCGUCGCGGUGCCCCUUCCUACCCAUCGUGUUUCGUCGGGUCGUCGAUCG